AUGGUUGGAAACGACAUCUCAAACUUCUCGCCAGGGGCAGAAUUACUACCACAUACGCGCCUGUUGCUUCAUCAGUUCUUCAGUGUCGUCGGCGAGGCUAUCUAUCCACCAGAGAUAUGCCACGCACCUGACCCUCUCAAGUCCGCAUGGCUUCAAUACAUUAUCAACGAUAAAGCCUUUUUUCAUGUAUCACUUGCUACAGUUGCGACCUGCCUCGACUUCUUUCAACGGUCAGAGGAGUCAGAGCAAGCCAUACUGCACACCAACCAAGCUUUCAACAUGAUCAAUGAGAGGUUGUCUGGGACCGAGGCUUUAUCUGACACUACCAUAGGCCUCGCAUGCAUGUUCAGUGUCCAGGAAUCUGUCAGGGGCGAUCUCGAAAAGUACAACGUGCACCUCAAAGGGCUUUAUCAGAUGAUUGAACUUCGCGGAGGUAUCCGCGUUUUCGAGGACAAUUUGGAAGUGUUGCAGAAGAUAUGCCGGUGA